UAUUAGGAGAUUCUUCCACAUCUGCAACUUCCUCUUCUUUUAACAGCUGAGAUGAUCACCAUGUUCUCCGGGUCAGUGGAGAAUGGCGAAUGAAUCACCAAGGCUGGCCUUCUGUACUGUAUCUUGCUUAGCCUUACUUCUCCUUCCUCUGCUCUACGCCGUGCUCUUCCAAUCUGAUAUCUCCUCCGUCGAUUUAUGGGAGCACCGGCUAGCAGGUUGGGGUGAGAGAUUCGUCGUCAGUAGCAGAGACGUCGACGGAGACACAGGAAUCAUCGAAGAGGAGGAUCCUCUGAAGUUCUAUCUGAGAAGAUUAGUACGAGGUUCUCUGUGUGUGUGUGUGUGUGUUUAGUUUCUAUACGAACGGAAAAUGAAACUAUAUAUAGUUGCAAACAGGAAGAAAUCGAGUGGAGCUCGAUACCAUCGGAUUCUCAUGCGACUCUGAUCUACAUUCUGAUGUCUGCGUUGCCAACCAGCCUGUGAAGAUUGACCUGCGUACCAUAACAGUUCAUCUGGAGUCAUCCAAUCAGAUUCUUCCUAAUUUGCGUCAUACUGUUCGACCAUACGCGAAGAAGGGAGACGAGAACAGCAUGAAACAAGUAACUCCAGUGGAGAUCAGAACACCGAACAGCUAUAGCCCUCCGCGGUGUGAUAUCACCCACGAGGUCCCUGCUGCUAUAUUCUCCUCCGGCGGUCUCACCGGCAACCUCUUCCAUGAAUUCAACGAAAUCAUCAUCCCCCUAUUCAUCACAUGCCGCCAUUUCCGGUCCCGUAUCAGGUUCAUCAUCACUGAUUUCAAGCCUUGGUGGGUCAGAAAAUUCGGUCCCUAUCUUUCCAAAUUAUCGCGGUAUGGGAUCAUCAAUUCAGGCAAAGACGACAGGGUGCAUUGCUUUCCCGGAGCUGUGAUUGGGCUCAAGUACCACGACAACCUCUCUUGCAACACUAGUAGUAUUCCGGGUGGAUACUCCAUGCUAGACUUCAAGAGGUUCCUUCGAGAGUCAUUCAACCUGAAAACAAAGCAUGAAUUCGAGAUAGAAAAGCUCAAUCUCAUCAUAAUUUCACGCAGGAAUUCAAUGAAGUUCUUGAAUGAAGGUGAUAUGGUGAGGGUGGCGAAGGAACUAGGAUUCCGAGUCACCGUGAUUUCGCCUGGCCGGAAGUCCAACUUACAGAAGAUGUCUGAGUUGGUGAAUUCAUGUAGCGUUCUGGUGGGGGCUCAUGGGACGGGACUCACAAACGCCGUGUUCUUGCCUGCAGGAGCCGUGCUGGUGCAGGUGGUGCCAUGGGGUCUGGACCGCCCUUCCAACGCUCACUUUGGUGGGCCGGUCCGCCAGAUGGGUCUACAUUACAUAGAGUACCGGAUCAGUCCGGACGAGAGCACACUCGUGGAAAUAUACGGUCGAGAUCACCCCGUAAUCACCGAUUCAGCGUCUCUAUACGGCCAGGAUCUUAGGCUCAAAAUUGAUAGAUUUAAAGAGACCCUUGAACACGCACUUUAUCUUCUGGGACGCUUAUCACCUAAUUAAAGUUCUGAUAGAGUGCUAGUGCUAGAUGGGUCAAGCAUCAUUUGUGAAUUGCGACAUUAUUCAUACUAAAAGUCCAGGCCUAGCCUUGGUUUUCGGCCCACAAGGCCCAUCAAAACCAAGUACAACCUUUUAUAAUUAUGUUUUCUUUGAACAUAGUGAUUGGUCCUGGUCCUGGAGAGAGUGUUGUUGUCACUUGUCAGGCAUAUUGCUUCUUUAUUAAGUUAGCUACAAUAGGGGGGCAAAAUAUCAUUGGUCCUGAUGCAAAUCAUGUACAGGCUAAUCCUGAUUCAGUCAUACUGUAUCAUUUUGUAAUGUAAAAUCAACUAGAACAAAAUUUGCGGAAAUUUUCAUAAAAGGUAAAUUCUAAAUUCCCUGUGCCAAUUACAUAUUAUUAUUGGAUGUAAA